UCAGAGUGGGAGUGUAGAGUCGUUUCGAUCGCGUGCAUUAUUUUGUGUGUGUAUAUUGCUGCUGCGCUCCUAGGCCUAGCCUCCGCGCCGCAUACACAUAGCGUAUGCACUAUAAGCUAAGCGAUGUGGAAUUGUACGUGGCCGUGUAUGAUGAGAACUGAACGAUAAACAAGCAACAAAAUAGCGUUCAUUUUCGUUUUCCAGUCGUUUAUUGGUUUUGCAUUUCAAGGGGCAAACGAUCUCAGCAGCUACCAUGAUGGAUGUAGACUUAGAUCAGGAUUUGAUGUCGAAAUUUAGCAGCAUGGGGACUACUGAUCGAGAUGUUUUGAUCAACGAAUUUCAGAAGUUGUUGGGCAACAAUCUCAACCCGGCGACCUGUGCAUUUUUCCUUGACAUGAAUAACUGGAACCUCCAAGCAGCUAUAGGAUCGUAUUAUGAUAUAGAAGCCAACUUGCCUGUACAGAGACUACCUAACAUGACGUUUGUCAAAGAUGUUACUAUAGGAGAAGGAGAAUCAGUCCCACCAUGUACAGAAUUCACAAAGACGUGGAGAGUUAGGAAUCCUGCCACAGACCAAUGGCCACCGGGGUCCUGUUUACGUUUCAUACACGGCCAUCAGCUAGGACCACUGGACAGGGUCUACACGGAGCAUUUGAGCGCUCAAACAGACAUGGACAUCAGCGUCAAAAUGCAAAGCCCUUCACACUGUGGUUUAUACCAAGGCCAAUGGAGAAUGUGUACAUCGACAGGGGUCUUCUUUGGGGAGACCAUAUGGGUUAUAGUAGAAGUGAAAGAAGGAGGAAUGCUAGGUCUCACACAACAACUAUCUCAACUCGGCACAGGAGCAAUGGAAACAGAGAGUGCGCCCUCUAUAGACAGAAUCAUGCCUAACCCGUUUGGCGGCUCACCCACAAAAUUAGAUGGUACCUUGAGGGAGUCGACGCCCGAGCCACCAUCCUUUCAUUCACCUAGUAAAGCAGAACACAACUCACAUCUAUCAUCACCUGUCAGACCUCCCCUAUUUCAGCACGAUUUGUCAGUACAGAACCCAACGCACACAAUGUCAGAGCCUGACCCCAGCUUGCCGGCAGUCUUCCAUGACUACCAACUCCCCCGCCACCACGCCCCCGAGAACACAGCGCAGCCUGCCUUCCCAACCACCCAAUCAACUGCUUCCUUCUCUACCCUUCAGGCUCCUAAUCAAGCAAUCAGCCAAUCAGAGUACACCUUUCAUAAUCUCAGGACAGAGGAAACAAUGACAGAUGAGGACUUAUAGCAUACACAGAGUUAAUCUUAUUUUUUUUUUUUUUUUAAAUUAGAGAAUACCUAUAGCUGUUAAGGGAAUUAUCUGUUGACCUACGUGAUGAAUAAUUGAUGGUGAUUUUAUAACAAAAUGCACAAUACCUGAUAUAAUAGUAAUGUAUUUUGGUAGUACUACAACUCUAUGAUUUGAUUAAGGCAACAUGAAGUUGGAUAAAGUUAUGUGAACAAUGCCCACCUAAAUCAUCUGAAUCUUUGGUAGAUUUUAAUAAUGAAACAAGAUUUAUAUACUAUUGAUUGAACAUACUUCUCAAUGACUGAUUGAAACACUCUAUUUUCCUUACAUAUUUAAAAGCCACAAGUUAUCCCUUGCACAAUUCUUGUGUUUGUUUUGUUUUCAUUUUUCUUCUAUUUUUUGAAGUCUAUGUUGGCUUUUCUCUACAAUGCCCUCCCAAGCCUGUUCUCUGCAUUUUCUGUCCGUCUUUCUUUUGUCUUGUCAGUUUUUCAAUGUACUUUCUUUUUUCAUAUUUUGUGUGCAUGUGACUAUUUCCCAUUGCCACACAUCAUUAGAAUAUAAAUUAAAGCCAUUUCAUCAUUACAGGUUUAAGAGAUUAUUCCCUUUAAUAGAUUAUUCUUUUUUUAUUAGAUUCUCAUUCACACAAGAUGUUGUAAACUGCCUAUAAAAGUACAAAUAGAAAACAAUACCCUGUUUAUGUGUAAAUGAAUAGGAAACGGGGGUAAAAUAACUCAAAUUAGUCACUGAAGAAAUUCUUCUGAUUGAUCGUGUACAUGUGACGUGACAAUGAGUUAUUUUUCCACAAUCAGGGGAAAAAGUACCCUUUUCAGUAAGAUUUUGCUUGUCUUGCUGCAAGCUUCUUCAGACCUAUGUUGUAAGCUGGUGCUAUUGGUGAUGCAGUACAACGAUAUACGGUAAAAGAGAGUCAAUGCGCACAACAAGAAGCAACCAUCAAAGCAUACCACAUGCUUGUAUGUGUGUUUUCGAAGAUACAGAAA